AUGAUGAGCAGCAUGCCUCUCUCAGCUUGCAGUACGUUCAGCGUCGCGCACCCGCUGCACUGCGGGUCAGCGACGUCAUUCCGCCAGCUGCCGACCGUCAACACGUUCCUGUUGACGCCCGUGCUGUCUCCUUUGCACUUGGCCUCGCCUACCAUCUCUCCGACCAAGACGCGCACCCAGCCUGGAGCCAGUCCCAACAAAAAGGUCCGCAAGAGCCGCGUCGUCUUUGACUUCACCACGGAAGAGAUGGCCCAGUACUUCCACAUGUCGCAACGUGAGGCCGCACAACAGCUUGGCGUCGCCACAGUCACCAUCAAGCGCAACUGCCGACGCCUCGGCAUCGUCUGGCCUUACCGUCUCAUGAAGUCCAAGAAACACGCCAUCAACUGGUCGGCCAUCUCGCGGGAGGACGCCCAGCGCAUCCGCCAGGAGCGGGCACUGGAACAAGCCAAGGCCGGCCGCUCGCCUUCUUGUCGCAGUCGCUCAGCGUCCGUUUCUAGUUCAACUACUGCUUCGGAAGAUGAGACUGUCACAAAGGCCAGGACGACUCUACAACGUGACGGCAGGCAGGGCGCCACAGUUGAACUCACCGAAGCUGGUCGCGUCUUUGCACGGCUGCCGCGGGACUGCAUGGACGCCUACGAGUAG